GUGGCCGGCAGGGAGAGCGUUCAAGAUGGCUGCGCCCAUGCUCUGGGCUCGGGUUGCUAAAGCAGCCAGUAAUGCGGCGUUUGGAACUAAGGUGGUUCUGGCGCAUGCUGUGGGCAGAAGAAACCAACGCCAGGUACUCUACGGAUCAGAAAUCCAGCAAAUCCGACGUAUAAACCCGUUCUCGGUGACAAGCUGUUGGCGAGUCCAGCCCUAGCCCUUUCUCUUUUUUUCGCCGGGAAUUGGCCUCGGAGAGAAUCGUAGGCAAAAGUAUGAGGACUCUCUCUUUUCCCAGGCCGAUUCAGGACAUCUGGAGCCAUGAAGAGUGAUCCCACGAUCUCUGUGGGCCCGCUGAAGGGGCUCGGGGGGCCCCUGCCGAGCAGCGAGCCUGCGCGCACAGCCAUGGCGGCGUCCCCGGUGGUUCACCUGCUGGAGGAGGCCGCCGACCUCCUGGUGGUGCACCUCGACUUCCCCGCGGCGCUGGAGACCUGCGAGCGGGCCUGCCAGAGCCUGGGCCGCGACACCCUAGCGGAGGAGCCCGCGGCCACCUCCUUGGAGGUGAAAUGCUCCUUGUGUGUUGUGGGGAUUCAGGCCCUGGCAGAAAUGGAUCGGUGGCAGGAAGUCCUCUCCUGGGUCCUUCAGUAUUACCAGGUCCCUGAAAAGCUGCCCCCCAAAGUCCUGGAGCUGUGCAUACUUUUAUACAGCAAAAUGCAAGAGCCUGGAGCCAUACUGGAUGUGGUCAGUGCUUGGCUCCAAGACCCAGACAACCAAGGCCUUCCAGAAUAUGGCGUCUUGGCUGAACUUCACCUGCAGCGGGUGCUGCUGCCACUGGGCCACUUGGCAGAGGCAGAGGAGCUGGUGGUGAGCUCUGCAGCUUUUGGUGAGGAGCGGCGGCUAGAAGUGCUCUGGGCCAUUCAUACAGCGAGGCAACAGCAGAAACAGGAGCAUUCAGGCUUCCAGGAGGUGCCGAAGAUAAACCAGGAAGGCUCCUUCUCUCACAAGUUCCUGUCGUUGCUGAUGUUGCUUCGACGGCUUUGGGACUCUGCAGUGAGCCACUUCCUUUCUCUGCCCUUCAAAAAGAUCCUCCUGGCUGCCUUGAUCUUCUGUUUCCUGGUGGUGAGGUUUGACCCAGCUUCUCCUCCUUCCCUGCCCUUCCUCUACCAGCUGGCUCAGCUCUUACACUGGAUCCGGAAGGCCGUGUUUGCUCAUCUCUCCCAGCUCCGGCUGCGUGACUGAGUGGUCUUCCCCAUGUUUCUUGGCCUCUCUCUCAUUCCACAUCUGCACCACAGGAGCAGAGUAGCAGGCCUGGCCUCUGUUGCCAGCUGGGCUGCUCUGGGACUAAGGCCACUGUGUCCUGGGAAUAGCCCACUCAGGCAAGUGAACUGUGUGUCCCUGUGGCUGUGCCCUGCUGCUGUCCCCCACCGUGGCUGACUCAGUGGGGCUGAAGGGCACAACUAUCCAGAGCAGUACUUCCUACAUCCAGAGACCCCUCAGAAACAGGGAACAGGGAAAUGGGAACUGGGAAAUGUUUCUGAAACAUUCCAUGUUCUUGCCAAAGCAAGAGAUGACUUUUUAGGCUAAGGUGUUAGCAGAGCUGGAAGUUCAGGAAAAUCCUAGUUUGGGAUGCCCUUGACCUUUCACUGUCUUGGGAAACUUAUGUCUGACAGUUGUUCCACAAGAUAGUACCUUAACUAGAGAGAGACUGGGGACAACUGCUUUCUUCUCUCCUGUGCGCCUCUCAGAGAUCUGGUGUAGUUACUGUGUCAGCCCACUGUCCCAUGGUCCUACUGUAGAAGUGAGCCCUCCCGCUGCUCGAACUCUCACUGUUCAGAUGGGAAAGGCUUUUGGAACCACUCAGGUGACUACUGUAAGUAGAGUGGGCCUCUCAGCCCUUAUCAGUGGGUAAACUGAUCUUACUUGGUGCCACUUGGUCUUCAGCUGUUUUCCAGUGUGUCGGUGGCCAAGGCCUGCUCUAUUA